UGCUUUGCAAUGCCAUGUUUGUGUAUGCGCUCUAACUCCGGGAGAGCGAUCAGGGAGGCGGCUCCCCCGCUGGACUUGGCUGAUGUUUUCUUGUUUCUGUUUCAGCCUUCAGGAUAAUUCCUUCAGCAGCACCGCUGUAACAGAGUGUGAGGAAGACACAGUCUCUCUACAUGAAGACCAGACUGACUGCUCCAGUCUCAGAGAUGAAGACAAUAAAGAAAAUUACCCCGACACCGGGGCUCUCCUAGAGGAGCCAUCGCCCCCCCGGGAGUCGCAGCAUGUAGAGCAGACCCUGCUGGUGGACGGUGUGCUGCGACCCAGCAUGGGCAACUUCAAGUCCAGGAAGCCCAAAUCCAUCUUCAAAGCAGAGAAUGGGAGGAGCCACGGAGAAAGUCAGGAGACAGAGCAUGUGGCGCCCAGCCAGCCAGAGUGUCGGGGGAGAGCAGGAACGCCAGCCCGUGAGAGUCCACAGAACCACACAUUCAGGGGCCAAGAAACAGUGCGGCUUCAACCAAGAAUAGACCAGAGGGCUGCCAUUUUGCCAAAGGAGGCUUUUGAAACUCGGCAGGACUUAAAUGAGGAAGAAGCUGUUCAGGUGCAUGGAGUCAAGGACCCAGCCCCAGCGCCCACCCAGAGUGUGCCUGCUGAAGGGGCUGAUGCUGCAGACCCUGCGCCAGUCCACAGAGAUGGGCAGAAUGAAGCAGACAGCGCACUGGAAGACCUCCAAUCUGUCGGGACCAGCCGGCUGCUCUAUCACAUCACUGACGGGGACAACCCGCUGCUGUCCCCACGAUGCUCCAUCUUCAGCCAAAGCCAGAGGUUCAACUUAGACCCCGAAUCAGCCCCUUCUCCGCCCAGCACUCAGCAGUUUAUGAUGCCCCGAAGUUCGUCACGUGGUGGCAAGGAGCCCCAGACCAUCGCUCAGCUCACCAAGCACAUCCAGAGCCUCAAGCGGAAAAUUCGGAAAUUUGAAGAAAAAUUUGAACAAGAAAAGAAAUAUCGGCCUUCACAUGUUGACAAGACUUCUAAUCCUGAAGUACUGAAAUGGAUGAAUGAUUUGGCUAAAGGUCGUAAACAGCUCAAAGAACUAAAACUGAAGCUGUCGGAAGAACAAGGAAGUGCUCCCAAAGGCCCACCUGGAAACCUGUCCUGUGAGCAACCCACGGUCCCCAGAGAAGGGAAACCAGAAGCUGUGGGCCCUGAGCCAAGCUCCUCUGGAGAGGAGAUUCCAGAUGCCGUGUUGACAUGCUCGGAGAAGAGAGAGCAGCUUCCCUGUCAGGAAGAUUCGAAGGUAACUAAGCAAGACAAGAACCUCAUAAAGCCUCUUUAUGAUCGAUGCAGAAUUAUCAAGCAAAUCUUGUCAACGCCUUCCCUGAUUCCAACGAUUCAGGAAGAAGAAGACUCGGAUGAAGACUGUCUACAAAGGAGCCAACAGCCUUCCUUGCUAAAUGCAGCAUCUCAGCUCCCUGGCGGUGAUCACCUCGCCUACUCUGAGACUGAGCCUGUAAGGGUCCUGCUACCAGACGAGAAGAAAGAAAUCAAACCACCGGCCCUCUCCAUGUCUAAUUUACAUGAGGCUACCAUGCCUGUACUGCUUGACCAUCUCCGAGAAACUAGGGCUGACAAGAAGAGACUUCGGAAAGCCUUAAGAGAAUUUGAAGAACAAUUUUUUAAACAAACAGGAAGAAGUCCACAAAAGGAAGAUAGGAUACCCAUGGCAGAUGAGUACUGUGAAUAUAAGCACAUAAAAGCCAAACUGAGACUGCUAGAGGUCCUUAUCAGCAAGCAAGAUGUGGUCAAAACAAUUUGAGGUUCAAGAAAUGUUCGUGACCACAUUCAUCCAAGAUAGAGUUUAUUUUCUUCUGCCAUUCUUGCUGAGUAAGUAGUUUUGAAAUACCGAAAACUGAAGCACUUUAGUGGUAGGUAGGUAGUUUUUAAGAAGGGAUGGCAAGUGGAAUUAUAAAUGAUGAGGAGAGAUUUAAAUGGGGGAAAUAUAAUAUGUAACAGUAUAAUUAGAAAAAUAAAAUUUAACUUCAUCUAUGCCAAGGAGAAAACUCAGUCAGUAUAAUUAUUUCGGAAAACAUCUACUAUUUUAUCAAAUCUAAAUAUUACAUAGCAUCCACUUGUUCAAUGGGCCACUUGUUAGAGAAAGUCUAUUUAGUGUCCAAAGACUGCUUAUCCUGAUGUAUGGAAAAAAGCAUGAUUUUAAACAUUAAUAAAUGCAGGAAAAGAAACUCUUUUCAGAUAGGAAGGAAUACAGAUAGUAAAAAUGUAAUUUGAAACUUCUAUUAGGUUUUUAAGUGAUAAAAAAUCUACCUGGUCCCCUAUGUCUGUGAGGCUCUCAGUACCCUGAAAUACACUAGAACACGUCACUGCUAAUUUUUUAUAUCAAUAUAAAAAUAGCACAUUAUUUUAUGUUAAUUGAAAUUUAACAUUUCUGAUUACCAAAGCUCAUUCUGAUAGCAUGUACUUUGUGAAUUAUCUUUGUCUAUAAUUGACAGAUGUUUAUAUUAAAAUAAAAUAUUGUAUUAAAAUUUGAAAAUAGGUAUUUUGGAUAGACAAGUGUCUGCAGUAUAUAUCUAAUGUGAUCAUAGUUAUGAUUGCUAAUCUUUUUGUUUACUAUAACUAAGAUUAUAUAACUAUUUUUCCAUUGGGAAUACGCAUUUUUCUUAAUGUUCCAAGGUCUAUACUUUGUAGUCAAAGAGCUUUCUCAUGAGCUGUAGUUAUUCUCCGUUCUGUACAAAAUGAAAGAUUUGAAAAUUGUUUGGUAUGACACCUUGGAAAAAAAGCCAGAAUAUUUUAUUUGCUUCAUCAACUUUAUAUUGUUUUGUUAUUUUAUACUAAAACACGUUUAUUAUUUUUGCUUUUGUAAAAAUAAGUGAAAGAUCGACAUUUUCUCUUGUACCAACCGUGUUUGUAUUUCUAAUGUUUAAGCAUGAUGUUUGAACAAAUUCACAUUUUCAUAUAGUUUGGAUGGGAAGAAUAUUGACUAUUUCAGAGGCUUAUUGUUUUCUCUGUAUUUACCUGAUAUUUUGUAACUUUUAUGAAUCAGAAUAAUGUCCUUCAUAAAUUUGUUUAAUUAAAGUCAUCUACUUGUAACAGGACAGAUACACAACUAUUUGAGGUUUACAAACUACAUCUUUGAUAAGGGAAAUGGUUUCGUGACAUGUAUACAAUUGCUAUUAAAAUGUAACUAUAUAUUCUAUAUGAUUGUAAAUAUUUUAUACAAUACAAAUAAAAUAUUUUUCUAUUAUAUUUA